CUAUUCAUUUGUCUGACUCCAGUUUUGGUCCUUCAGCUAUCUGCCUUGAGUGAAGUUCAAUAAAAAAAUGUUACAGCAUUUCUGUCUGUGGGAAUGGAUGGCUGUAGGAAUUGCGAUUGCUACUGUCUUCACCAAUUGUUUGGCCCAGAAUGAUGAUGACUGCAAGUUGGCCAGGGCAGGUCCUCCAGCCACAAUAGUUCCCAUUGAUGAAGAAAGCCGAAAUGGCACUAUCCUAGUGGACAGUAUGCUAAUAAAAGGGACAGCAGGAGGGACUGACCCCACUAUUGAACUAUCACUGAAGGACAACAUCGAUUACUGGGUGAUUCUGGAUCCUAUCAGCCAGAGGCUGUACCUAAACAGUACUGGACGACUUCUGGACAGAGAUCCACCAAUGUCGAUUCAAUCCAUUGUUGUUCAAGUCCAGUGCAUUAACAAAAAAGUUGGCACCGUUAUCUACCACGAAGUACGGAUUGUGGUGAGGGACAGGAAUGAUAACUCCCCUCGUUUUCAGAAGCAGCGGUACUAUGUGGCAGUAAAUGAGUUAACACCAGUUGGAACCACAAUCUUCACAGGAUUCUCUGGGAACAGUGGUGCCAUGGACAUAGAUGAUGGUCCCAAUGGCCAGAUAGAAUAUGUCAUCCAGUACAAUCCUAAUGACCCAACAUCCAACAGGACCUUUGACAUUCCUCUCACUUUGUCUGGAGCAGUAGUUUUACGGGAGAGACUAAAUUAUGAAGAAAAGACACGUUAUUUUGUUAUUGUUCAAGCAAAUGACCGGGCUCAAAAUCUUAAUGAACGAAGAACAAGUACAACCACCCUCACAGUUGAUGUGCUUGAUGGGGAUGAUCUUGGACCAAUGUUUCUCCCUUGUGUCUUAGUGAAUAACACUCGGGACUGUAGGCCACUCACCUACCAAGCCAGCUUACCAGAGUUCACUGAUCCUACACGAGUGAACCCCAUCAAUGUCACUCCACCAAUAGAAGCUAUAGAUCAGGACAAAAACAUCCAGCCUCCUUCUGAUCGACCACGCAUCCUCUAUUCCAUCCUACUUGGGACUCCUGAGGAUUAUCCACAGUACUUCUGUAUGAAUCUCACAACAGCUGUACUCAGCCUCCUAAAGCCAAUAAACAGGGAUUUGCACCAGAAAUUUGAUUUGGUUAUUAAGGCAGAACAAGACAAUGGUCAUCCACUUCCUGCCUUUGCCAAUUUACAUAUUGAAGUCCUGGAUGAGAACAACCAGAAGCCUUACUUCACAGAAUCUCUAUACGAGGGGUUUAUUCUGGAGUCCUCCCCAGUGGGCACAACCAUCUCCGACAACCAGAAUUCGACUUCUCCACUACAAAUCAUAGCUUUGGACAAUGAUGUAGAAGAGACAAAGGAUCCACAGCUCCGUCUUUUCCUAAAUGAUUAUAAUACAUUUUUCACUGUGACUCAGACUGGUAUAACCCGUUACCUCACCUUACUCCAACCAGUUGAUAGAGAGCUCCAGCAGCUAUACACCUUCUCGAUGACAGCUUCAGAUGGUGUACAGGAGAGUACCGCAGUUAUAGUCAAUAUCCUGGUGAUUGAUGCAAAUGAUAACUCACCAACCUUCUCCAACAUAUCAUACAAUGUCAAGAUUUAUACAGACAUGAGGCCUGGGGAAAACAUUAUACAGCUCAGUGCCAUAGAUGCAGACCAAGGGCCAAAUGGGCAGAUCAUAUACGGAAUUCUGGCUGGGGACCAGGGAGACUUCAUCAUUAAUGAUCGAACAGGCCUUAUCACCAUCGCUCCAGGAGUUGUGUUGUCAGUAGGGAGGUCCUAUGCUCUCACUGUCAAAGCAUCUGACAGUGCUCCUCCUGCACAGAGAAGGAGCUCCAUCACUACUGUUUACAUUGAGGUACUUCCUCCAAACAAUCAGAGCCCUCCCCGCUUUCCCCAGCAGAUGUACAGUCUUGAAAUCAGUGAGGCCAUGAGAAUUGGUGCCAUUUUGUUAAACCUGCAGGCCACGGAUCGAGAGGGUGACCCAAUAAGAUACCGCAUCCAAAAUGGAGAUCCUCAACAUGUUUUUAAUCUCUCUGAAACUUCUGGACUUCUUGCCUUAGGAAAGCCCUUGGACAGAGAAAGCACUGAUCGCUACAUUUUGAUUGUUACAGCCUCGGAUGGCAGACCAGAUGGGACCUCAACUGCCACGGUUAAUGUGAUGGUGACUGAUGUAAAUGACAAUGGACCAGUCUUUGAUCCCUUUCUACCUAAAAAUCUAUCUGUACACGAAGAGGAAGUGAAUGCUUUUGUCGGGCAAGUGAGGGCUACAGACCCAGAUGCUGCAGUAAAUGGCCAAGUACAUUACAGCUUGGUAAACUUCAACAACAUUUUCCGCAUCACAUCAAAUGGUAGCAUUUACACAGCAGUUAAACUGAACAGAGAAACAAGGGACUAUUAUGAACUUACUGUUGAAGCAACAGAUGGAGCUGUGGAUCCCCGCCGUUCAACAUUAACUCUGGCAAUCAGAGUUCUGGAUAUUGAUGACAACAGCCCUAUGUUCACUAAUGCCUCCUACACUGUCUGUGUUCCAGAAACUCUACCACCUGGCACAGUCUUCCUGCGAAUAGAGGCAAAGGAUGUUGACCUUGGUUCAAAUGUUACCUAUCGGAUACGAACCCAGGAAGCACUGCCGUUUUUUUCAUUGAACAAGUUUACAGGAGAAUUAUCACUUUUAAAAUCCUUGGAUUAUGAGUCAUUCUCUGGCACUGAGGCAACCUUCACCUUUCUAGUGGAAGCCUUUGAUAGUGGAGGAACUAUGCCUCCAGGACUUGCUACUGUCACUGUGAGAGUAAAGGAUAUGAAUGAUUACUCCCCAGUAUUUAGCAAAGUUCUCUACAGGGGACUGGUUGCUCCCGAUGCAAUCAAGGGCACUGUUAUUGCUACAGUUUCAGCUGAAGAUCAGGAUCCUCCGGGUACACCAGCAAGUCGUGUAAGGUACAAAGUAGAUGUCAUCCAGUUCCCUUACAGUGCCAGCAUUUUUGAUGUAGAGGAAAAUUCAGGACGUGUAGUAACUCGAGUAAAUCUUAAUGAAGAGCCCAGUACAAUAUUUAAGCUAGUGGUCAUUGCAUACGAUGAUGGUGAUCCUGUGAAGUUCAAUACCACCACUGUAGAAAUUGCUGUAUUGCAACCCUCAGUAAUUCCACGAUUUACCCAGGAUGAAUACAGACCCCCGCCAGUGAGUGAAGGUGCACCCAAAGGAACUCUGAUUGCUGUCGUAACUGCUGCUGCCUUGAAUCAGACUAUUGUAUAUUCAAUUGUUUCAGGAAAUGAAGAUGAUGUGUUUGACAUUAAUAACAGAACGGGUGUUAUCUUCAUUAAAAAGCCUCUUGACUAUGAAAGUGUGAAAAGCUAUGAAGUUCGGGUACAAGCAGACUCACUACAAGUGGUUCGAUCCAAUCUACGUGUCCCUUCCAAAAGUAACACAGCCAAGGUGUUUAUUGAAGUGCAGGAUGAAAAUGACCAUGCUCCUGUUUUUACCAAAAAACUCUACAUUGGAGGAGUGUCUGAAGAUGCUAAAAUGUUUUCUUCUGUGCUGAAAGUUAAGGCUGAUGAUAAAGACACUGGAAAUUACAGUGCCAUGCAGUACAGACUCAUCAUACCCCCAAUCAAGGAUGGCAAAGAAGGUUUUGUGAUUGAAGCCUAUGAAGGGCUUAUAAAAACUGCCAUGCUGUUCAAAAAUAUGAGAAGGUCCUAUUUCAAGUUUCAGGUCAUUGCAACUGACAAUUAUGGGAAAGGACUGAGCAGCAAAUCAGAAGUACUUGUCUCUGUGGUCAAUCAGUUGGAUAUGCAAGUCAUCGUUUCUAAUGUUCCUCCCACUCUUGUGGAACAAAACAAAGAUCAACUUAUAGGGAUUUUGGAACGCUAUAUUCAAGAUCAGAUUCCUGGUGCAAAGGUUGUGGUAGAGUCCAUUGGGGCCCGGAGAUUUGGAGAUGGCUUUUCAGAAGAGGAUUACUCCAAAUCUGACUUGAUGGUCUAUGCAAUUGACCCUCAAACAAACCGAGCUAUAAUGAGGAAUGAACUUUUUAAGUUCUUGGAUGGAAAACUGCUGGAUAUCAAUAAAGAAUUUCAGCCAUACCUUGGGCAAGGAGGACGUAUUCUGGAAAUCCGCACUCCAGAUGUGGUGGCCAAUGUUAAGAAGCAGGCACAAGCUGUAGGCUACACAGAAGGGGCAUUGCUUGCUUUGGCUGUCAUAAUCAUCCUUUGCUGCAUGCCUGCUAUUUUAAUAGUUAUGGUCAGCUACAGACAAUUUAAAGAGCGGCAAGCUGAAUGUGCAAAGACAGCAAGAAUCCAGAUGGCCUUACCAGCUGGCAAACCAUCCAGUAGCACUGCCAAUAAUCUCUAUGAAGAACUCGGUGACAGCACCAUGCGAGGAUAUGCACAGCAAGAGCAACAGCAAUUGCUGAGACCCUCUCUUCUCAGACCAGAGGAGUUGUCUGUGGAAUCCGGAAUUGAUCCAGGCCAAGAAUACUAUGGGCAAGAUUACUACAGUUAUGAACAUGGGUAUGAAUUGCCUCAAUAUGGGAGUCGACGCCGAUUGUUAUCUCCAACUGGAAUGUAUGAUGAGUAUGGUGAAGUGGUUGUGGAAAAUGAUGGCAGCUAUUAUUACAGUCCACAUGGAUCAACAACUGAAGGAGAAGGGAUGAGUCGAGGCAAAGGUCUAAGCCAGAGAGCAGGGCAUCAAAUAGAAGGUAGAGCUUUAGGUGGUGGGAUGGAUCUAAGAGAUGGUUCUGGAAGAGAACAUAGGACCAGCCAGGGGAAAAGGAAACUAAAAGCAGUGAUGCAGUUGAGUCGAAUAGCCGUAAAAGCCCACAAACGAGAAGGAACAACUGAGUCUGCUCAUUCUCCAUGGAAGAAAGCAAAGAUAUUUCCAAUGGUUCUGCAGAAAGUAAAAGGCAGUAGCAAAGAUUCCAAUUAUGCCAAGCUGAUGUCAGCUCGUCCAGUGGACAGUGAAGACAGCAUGAUUAUCAAAGGAAGUUAUUUCCAGAAAUCAGCAGGUGACAGACCUUCAACAACCAGAAAACUAAGUCAUGUGCUAAAACACAUUAGUGUUUCCAAAAAAUUUCAAAAGCAUAGCAAAUCUCAGAGCUCUGUUAGCAAAAGUUCAGUAUCUGCAAGUGAAAAAGGAGGGGAAGACGCUGAAAGUCAGAGGGUGAGUGAAUCUGAAAGAGAUGAAACAAAAUCAGGAAUUUCAAUUAAUAUCACAGCAGAAAGUGAGCCAGAGGAUAGUAAUGUUUCUGAUGACUAUGAUAAGAAGAAAAAAAGAGAAUCUGCUGCUUCAGAUGAUGAUGAAUCAUCAGCAAGGAGUAGUAUCUCUGCCUCUCAGGCAGAUGAUAAAGACUAUUUGAAAGUGACACUGGACCAAGAUGAAACCAAUGAAAGUACUGUGGACUCUGAUGAAGAGAAGGAGGAAGGUUUACAGGAGUCAGAAGAUGAUCAUUCUGUAUCCAAAUCAGAUAAUGAACAGGAUGAAUCAGAAGAUGACAUAUCUGAGCACUCUGAAGAGGAAGAAGAUGAGGAAGAGUCAAAAAGUGUCCUUUCUCAAGUCUCUUGUUCUCAGAAUAAACUCUCUGACAGUGAUGAAGAUGACUUCCAGUCAAAGGUAUCCCCAAAUCAGAGUUCCGGUAGCAGAUCUGAGUAUAGUGAUUCCAAUAGCAGAAGAGUUAGUGAAAGAACUAGUAUGUCAAGUAAGGGAAGUAAAUCUAGAGGAGGAACGAGGGAUUCCAGUCACAGGUCAGAAGUGAUGAAUUCUGACAGUGAAGUUAGCUCUAAGGGAUCAGUCAGUGAAAGAAACAAAAGUUCUGGAAAGAGUUCUGGAUCCAGCUACAAGAACAAAAUGUCCACAGUUGGCAGUGAAAUAGAAGACACAAUAGAGGAGAUAUCAGAGGAAGAUGAAAAAUCAGAUUUGGAGCAAGAUGAUACAAGCCCUGAUGAGGCAGGUGACAAUAUAAGUGAUAGGACUAUGUCUGAAACGUCUUCCAUCAGUCAAAAAACUACUUCCAGUAAACAGAGCAAAAUAAGAAAAUCAGAUAUUAGUGCUGGAGGUAGCAUGGCUGAAAGCACAGAAGAGAUUGAUACAGAUGCUAAGGAUAUGGAAGAAACUAUCAGUAGGUGUGAAUCAAAAAGCCUUGAAAGUGAAAAUAGUGUUACUUCCAAAGGCAGCAGAGGGAGAAAGAGCUCAGUGAGUGCCACUUUUUCUAGUAAAACGGAUGCUUCCCAAGAAUCAGAUUUUCAAAGUUCUGAUUCCAAGUGGGCCAGAAAGAAAAGGAUCAAGUUAGUAGUUGAUCCAGAAUAUGAGACCAGCUCAACUGGAGAAGACAGUGCUCCAGAAUGCCAGAGGAAUCGUCUUAACAACCCCAAUAUUCAAAACAAUGUAAAUGGCAACAUCUAUAUUGCGCAUAAUGGGUCAGUUGUGAGAACCCGUCGCAUUUGUCUCUCCAAUAAUUUAAAAGUCACAUCCCCUGUUAGAUUGGGGAAACACUUCAAGAAAUUGGACAAGCUAGCAGUGACACAUGAGGAGAAUGUCCCAUUGAACACAUUGUCAAAAGGGGCAUCUUCUAGUGACAAACUGAACACAAAACCAUCUAGUGUCUCAUUUGCCUCCACUGCUAGAGGGGCUGACAACAUAGCAACAAAGUCUGGGGGCAACAAAAUGAAAAGCACAGAAGAGCAAGAGUCUGUUGUUGAUAAUGAGGAUGUCAGAGAGCCCUUGGAAUCACACAGCGAUCACACACACUCAGAUGAAGAGGAGCUCUGGAUGGGCCCUUGGAAUAACCUUCACAUACCAAUGACAAAACUGUGACUUUUUUAAUUUUAAUUUUUACUUCAGUUUAUAAUAAACUACGCUUUUUAAUGUCACUGAGGAAAAUGUAUGGAAUUUGUAUCAUGCACAUAAAUUGUAUACUUUGAAUUGACAUGCUUUAAAGUUAAGAGAGACUUUGCACUCACAUUUGUAUCAAUUAAUUGUUAUCCAGCAACACUUUUGACAGGCUCUCAGUUCACUAAACAAUACUCAGUUAAAAAUUAUCUUUUUUUGUUGGAUCUUGAUUUAUUGUUUAAUAAACAGUGAAUUACUAAAUGCACAGAAAAUUUUGUCGACUUUUCAAAAGGUUCUAUACUUGCCUAGCUUAUUUCACUGUAUAGUAUGUGUGGUUAGACUGUUUAGAUUUGAAAAUUGCAUUUUUAUUA